AUGAACGCCACUGAUGAUGAGGACAUCCCUAGUCCUUUAUCAUCAACUCCAAUUGAUGAUGUUGUUGCACAAGACAAGCCCAAUGAAGUUAGACUUGGGCCAAUAACAAGAGCACGUGCAAAGCUACUUGAACAACAGCAAGUGGAGAAGAAGGUUCAUGAGGCCAUUAACAUGGCUCAAGCGACACAAGGCCAUAAUGUGCGUGCGCCGAUGGGUUUUGGCCAUGGAGGUGGCCGUGGUGAUGGAGGUCGUGGGCAUGGCCGUGCGGAUGAAGGUCGUGGGAAUGGCCAUGCUGGUGCCUUCCCUAUGGGUCAUGCACGCCAUGAGUUUGAUCAUGAUGAUGGACAGCACGCUCAUCGUGAUGAUGACGGGCUGGGCAAACCGAAGUUUUCUAUUCCCAAGUUUGAGGGCUCUACUGAUGUUGAAGAAUAUCUUAUUUGGGAGCUGAAGAUUGAGAAAUUAUGGCGUUUGCAUGAGUACACCGAGGACAGAAAAAUCAAAUUAGCUUCUUCGGAGUUUGAUGGAUAUGCUUUGCGUUGGUGGGAUAACAUUGUGCGUACUAGGCAGGAAGAAGGUGAUCCCCCAAUCAUCACGUGGAGAACUAUGAAGGAAGUGAUGCGGGAACGUUUUAUUCCUCGCAACUAUAUGCGUUCUCUCUAUGAUAAGUUGCAGAAUUUGAGGCAAGGCACUAUGUCCGUGGAUGAUUAUUUUCAGGAGAUGGAGUUGAUUAUGCAGCGUGCUAGAGUUCAUGAGCAACCAGAACAGACCAUGCAGCGGUUUCUUUCUGGUUUGACAUACAAUAUCAAGCGUAUCGUUCGGCAUCACCAAUAUUGUGACAUGACCGAGUUGCUGCAUCAUGCACGGGAGGCUAAACUUCAGUUAGCCGAAGACGCGAAGUUUGCUGCUCGUGGUCGUUUCACACCACGCCCAUCGGGUGGGCCGCCUCCACCAAGUCCUUCUUCGGGUGUUCAUGGUACUUCUUCAAGGAAGCCCGAAUCUGCUGUUACCAACGCCAAGAAACUGGCACAACCUGCUGCUAGUGCUGUCGGUUCCUCUAUGUCUACAGCAAGAAACAGGGAUAUGAAUUGUCAUACAUGUGGUGGCAAGGGUCACUUCAAGCACGACUGUCCCAAUAAGAAGGUUAUGUUGGUGAAUGAGGAUCUGGAGUAUGAGACCGGUGAUGAUACUGAUCCUGAAUCUGAACCUUUGGAGGAUGAAGAUGCUUAUGAUGAAGGUGCUGUUGAUGCCUACGCGACACACUUUCCUACUAUUGUGUGUUCGCAAAGGGUGCUGAAUGUCACGCCUAGUCCUGAGAAUCAGCGCUGCAACUUGUUUCAAACAAAGGCUAUCGUUGGUCCUAGUAAGGCAUGCAAGGUGAUCAUCGAUGGUGGUAGUUGUCGAAACUUGGCUAGUAAGGAGCCAUGUGCAAAACUGAAAUUGAAAUAUUUGCCGCACCCCAAUCCAUAUUAUAUUCAAUGGUUGAGUGAUAGUGGGGAGAUGAAGAUCAGCCAUCUGGUGCAUGUGGAAUUUCAGAUUGGACCAUACAAAGACACCGUUGAGUGUGAUGUGGUUCCCAUGACCGUGUGUCACUUGUUGUUGGGUCGUCCAUGGCAAUUUGAUAGGAACGUUUGUCACGAUGGGAGAGCCAACACAUAUCAUUUGCAUUGGCGUGGCAAGGAUGUUCCUUUGAGAGCCUUGACACUGCUGCACAUCGUAAAUGAAUCAAGGCAGAAAGUUGAAGUAAAUUGUGAGAAUGAGCGUGAGGAUUAG